CGGUUGCCCUCCGCUGUCCCAGCAUGCACCGCGGCGCUUGCAGCAUAAAGAAAAACGGCUGAAAGGAAACAACAACAACAGGGAGGGAUCUUACGCGUAGAUCUAUGUUCUAGUCGGUAACGUCCUUAAACCCAGAUGCUAACAUUGAGGUCAUGGGGCAGCAGCCUAGGCGGAGUCCCAGACUUCCCUCUCCCCAGCCACUUGGGCCAGCUCCUCUGGGGGAGUCCCAAUUUUAUUUAACAUGCGGUGGUCCUGAGGAGCUGAGAGCCGUGCCUUUUGCCUCUGGAGGGAGCGAAAGCAGCUUGGCGGUGAUUGGAGCAGCGGUGAGGGAGGGGGCUGAGGCUGAGCGUGGACCAGGAGGAGCUGGAGCCAAUGCAGCAGCAGCAGCAUCGACAGCCUGAGCUGGUGGAAGGAAGCCUUCCUGUGUUCGUGUUCCCCACGGAGCUCGUCUUCUACGCAGAUGAGCAGUCGUCUCACAAGCAGGUGCUCACCCUCUACAACCCCUAUGAGUUCGCCCUCAAGUUCAAAGUGCUGUGCACGGCGCCAAACAAGUACACCGUGGUCGAUUCCACAGGAGCUGUCAAGCCACAAUGCUGCAUUGACAUAGUGAUCCGGCACCGGGACGUCCGGGCUUGUCAUUAUGGGGUGUACGACAAGUUCAGACUGCAGGUGUCGGAGCAAAGUCAGCGAAAGGCUCUGGGCCGCAAAGAGGUGACGGCCACGCUCCGUCCGUCCGCCUCGCAGGAGCCGCCCGGAUCGCGGAGUCUAGACGAGGAGCGCCGCAUGAAGGAGCAGAGUUCUGACGGCGAGUUCUUUGAACAGUCUGCCUUUCAGUCCGCAGACAGCCGUCCAGUUGCUGGAGGACCCAGUCUGCUGACGGUGCUGCUGGGACUGGUGUGCAUGGCCGCCCUGAUGCUCCCCACGCUGGGGGAGCAGGAAUCCACUGUGCCUGUCUACCUCCACUUAAGUGUUAACAAGAAGCUGGUGGCUGCUUAUGUUCUGGGUCUCCUUACUAUGGUCAUCCUUCGUACCUGAAGUGCUCCGAGCUGAAACGGGAUGAUGGACAUUUCUACAGUGACCCAGAGGCUCCACCAGGCCUCCAUGAGGAUGGACUACCACCCUCUCUGACGUACAUCAUUAGACACUUAUCUUUAAUUACACAGCUGUGUUCCGAGCUGUUGGGAGAACCUGCAGCACGUCCUGUGGGUCAGCGGGGGCGGUAGUUUCUGAGAAACACGAGGGCCGCCCCCCCCGUCUCUUCUGUGUUUUAGUCGUCAUUCUGUGACAUGAGUGAAGGAAUCCUGAUGCAUGUAAAUAAAGCUAUUGAACACACACCGGUGUUUUCCUGUAACCGUCAUGUUGGUGUUUUAUUUUGAAGCUGUCCUGUGCAGACUGAAGUGCAUGUGCACUGAAGGACCUCCACAGUGAUUCACCAGCUGUAAUAUAUCUAUGCUCCGUCAUGUGUUUAAUAAAAGCCUGAAUACA